AUGGCAACAUUAUUAACAAUCCAAGUUUUUUCUGUAUCAUCAUCAGCGUUAACUAAUUUAAUAGCCAUCGUCGCAUUUUCAACUGACUAUUGGUCAGUUAUCAAAUAUGAUGUUCCAAAACUUCGAAACAUUUCUGACCAACAAUCUAAUGUCAUCAUAUCGGAAUCAAGUGAAUACUUUAGCGUUUAUGAAUCAUUAUUGAGUAACACAACAGCAUCAUAUAAUUCAACGUUACUAACAAAUACUAGUUACGGAUAUAAUACACUUUAUAUGUCACACAAAGGCAUAUUUCGGACGUGUAAUUAUUUAUCAGAAAAAUCUCGUACUGAAUUCAAUAUUCCAAAAUGUCGGCUACUGAAACCAUUUAAUAAUCGUUAUGAUGAUGUUAAACACGGAAUGAAUAAUCCGGGAAGAGAACUGAUACGUAAGGAAGAAAUAUUACCCGUGCUCGCUCAUUUUGUUUUGUCUCCUCGAUAG